GCGUGAAUUUUGCGACGCGAUCGGGUUGCAGCACCUCCAAUUGAACACGAGCAGCAGCAACCCCUCCAACCUGAACGAUCAGGCGGAGGAGUACUUGAAGCAAAACGUCACGAAAAUCGAGGUCGUCGCGGAUUUUCUCCCGCUGCCGAUCGAGAAGUUUCUGGUGAACUUCGUCAUCAACCUGAAGCACUUGACGCUGAUUCGCGUCGGCCUGCGGAAGUUGACGAAGUUGGGGACGUUGGUGCAUCUGGAAACGCUCAACUUGAAGGAAAACCGGCUCACGAGCUUGACCAACCUGUUUGGCUUGUGGAUCGAGGACAAUGUUGAAACAGGCGGGGGACAAAAUCAUCUGCAAAGCGGAAGCUUCGCAGCCUCCUCCAGGCCAACCACACCGGGGAGAAUUCGCACGACGGAAAAGCAGAUUCAAAAUGCAACGUCGGCCGGCGCAACUGCUACGUCUAGUAGUAUCACCCCUUCGGUGGAUGCAGCUGAGAAUUUCCCAAAUGGUGGCCGUGGUGCCAAAUCCCCCAAGGACCACAAUUGCAGCAAAACCUCCAUCAAAAAGCAACCCCUUACCGGCGGUGCCAGCCUGAAGAAGCUUUUCCUCUGCUGCAACGAGUUUGUGGGCCGGCUCUCCCGGUCCGAGCUGCGGCCGAUGAAGAAUUUGGAGGUGUUGUGGAUGACGGAAAACCAGAUCACCACACUGAAAGGGCUGGACUGUUUGCGAAAUUUGAAGGAGCUGAACGUGGCGAACAAUCGGAUCUCCCGGAUCAAGUCCUUUGAAGUGCCGAUCAGGUCAUUGCAACGGAUCAACUUGGCAAAAAAUACCAUCCGGAACUUCCCCGAUGUGCUGGACUUGGCGAAGAUUCGAAAUUUGAAGGAACUUCACCUAUCCGACCCCGAUUUUGGCGACAACCCGAUCUGCUCGCUCUGCAACUACACCGUGGCGCUGGUAGUUUUGGUUUAACAGCAACAGUGUUCUUGAUUGCUUCUUGUUCUUGUCAUGCGCGCAUGGCAUUGAAUUUUUUUUUGCAAUGCACGGCAGCGGAACCGCAACGCACAGUGGUCUUUCUUUUGGCAUAUUAUGCAUGAAAAUUUCAACAGGUUCAGUACUUCAAGCACGUCUCCAUCGUGGAUCAGCAGUACAUAUCGGAGGAGAUUGUGAAAAACAGUGACAAAAUUUGGCACUCCAAGACGCUCUACUACGAUAUGCGGAUCGAGUCUCUGAACCGGCAGAUGCAGCAGGCGUUUGAUAUGGAUGUGUCAGGAUCGAAAUCGACAAAAUCGAAAAAUUUGUGAUGCAUAAAAUGUAGGGCACUGAAGGCCUGUAUUGGGGAGCAGGAAAAUGAGACCGAUUGUAAGCCUGUUUAGGGGUAUGCAAUGUGCUGCCGGAGUAGCAUUGCAGGAGGAGUCUUCUUUGCCCAAACAGCAUGACAGACUGGAUUUGGGUACUCCCGAAAUUUGUCAUGCGCCACUUGGAACCUGAGGCUCCAACUGACAUCGAUUUUGCGCAUCACAAAUUUUUCGAUUUUGUAAAUUUCGAUUCUGACACUUCCAUAUUUGAAAUUGGAUACCAGCUGUUUCAAGAUUUCAAAGUGGAAAAAAUGAGAACCGAACUCCUGCCCGAACUGUCCAAGAUGUUGCAGCUGUGCUUGCAAGAAGCGCCAAUAGAAAUCGGGGAGGAGCUGAUGAGUCUGACAUCCAGUGGGGCCAAUUUUUCUGAUGGUGAGAAGUUGAUGCUCUCUGGCGGCGCACCGGGAAGAUCAGGUGUCAUCGACGAAGCCGAUCGCGCAGACAAGAUCGAGGGGAUUCUAAACCGGGUCCUCGGAACGACGCCGACGACAGCGGGUUUUAGUAAUGCACUACAACUAGACGACAGCGGCAACGGUGCAAACGCAAAUUAUUUUCUCAGCUCUUCUGCCUCAGAAUCAGAUCCAGAAGCAGCAGCGUUCGACGGAGCAGGAGGACAUGAGGACCACAUAAAGCCGCUGAAAAAGGAGAAACCGAUCACGAUUCUCUCGAAAAAGAUCUUCUUUCUGUACCAGCAGCUGAAAUUCCAAAUUCUUCCCGCGUGGAAGCGGGAUUUCUUCGAGAAAAACUUCAAGCAGAAGCUUCUGCGCCUCCGGCUGGAAUUGGAAAAUUCCUUGAAAACGGAACUAGCACUGGGUGGGAACAUCCAUUUCCAAUUGCCGUUAAGGGAAGAGGAAAACUCGUCAACUAGCAGCUGCUCCUCUUCUAGCACCGGAGGUCACAGUGGCGCCACUGGUGGGGGUUCGUCGUUCUCGGAUCGGAGUUAUAGCGGUUCGUCUUCAGGCGAUAGCUACAGUGCCGGAGAUCAGCAGCAGCAUCAGAUCAGUUACGACUCUGGAGCGGAUGAGUCUGGACAGGAUCAGGAUGGG